AUGCCCUACCGCGGUUAUGGAGGUCGCUCCGGCGGUGGCGGGUACCGUGGCGGCCCCUAUUCCAGCACCGGUGUCUACACCAGCUCGGGGCGUCCUGUGAGCAACGUGGCUGCCUACGAAGCGGCGGGAGGGAAAUGCUUCACAAGCAGCGGCGGCACGAUCCGCAAUGCGAGCUCGUACUCCAACGCUGUCAUGAGUUACCGGUCUCAGGGCAGUUCCAAUCCGCAUCACUACUACCACUACACCACCUCCGAGGGUGCCGCAGCCAUCCAAAGCAGCGGUAGGAUCAACCCCAGCACCGGCCCGGGCGACUGUGCCCUCGGGGAGGGGACUUAUGUGACCUCCAAGGCGCCGAAUUGCUCCAAGGUGAACGUCUUGAGCAACAACUACGGUCAAACGGGCCCGGGUGACAACCGCGCCGAUGCGUACGUGAAGAUUCCCGCCGAGAGAGUGGAGGCCAUGUCAGGCAAGAGCGUCUUGGGCAGGGACGUGUACGUGAUCCAGGGGGCCGUUGAUCUGAAAGAAACAGGGGCGGUGGUGAGAACAAAGUGA